GGAGAGUGGACGCUGUGGGACAGCGGUCGUACCAGUGAGAGGGAUAAAAGAAAAGUGAUGGGGUCCCUGGCCUGGGCCGAGAUGUGCUAGAUCAGGAGUGCUCAGAUACAAGAUGGACAGGAAGAGGCAGUGACAGUCGAAGAGGGAAGGUCGCUGAGGAUGGCGGCAGCCUCCUCGGCCAUCACCCAUAGAGUUCUGCCACAUCCACAUCAGGACAGUUCAGGCCACAGAAAGGGGUGCCCUGACUGAAGCCCUCACAGCCACCCUUACCAUUCUGCCUUCUGCCGUGUCCAGUGGGGUCAGUCAGGCCUGGACUGGACACUCCUCAUCUCCCUCAGUCAUCACCCCAUUUCACAGAGGAGAAAGCUGAGGCCUGAGAAGGGAGCCAGCCUGCCUGAUGCCUGCCUGGGGGGCCCUGCUCCUGCUCUGGGCCGCAGCAGAGGCCAGUAAGGACUGCCCCAUCCCAUGCACUUGCCAGACCCUGGAAACCAUGGGGCUGUGGGUGGACUGCAGGGGGCAGGAGCUCAUGGCCCUGCCCAUCCUCCCUGCCCACACCCGCCACCUCCUGCUGGCCAACAACAGCCUGCAGUCCGUGCCCCCGGGUGCCUUCGACCACCUGCCCCAGCUGCAGACGCUUGAUGUGACGCGGAACCCCUGGCACUGUGACUGCAGCCUCACCUACCUGCGCCUCUGGCUGGAGGACCACACACCUGAGAUCCUGCAGCAGGUCCGCUGUGCCAGCCCGGACGUUGCCACCCACCGCCCCCUGGGCCAGCUCACAGGAUAUGAGCUGGGCAGCUGUGGCUGGCAGCUGCGAGAACCCUGGGCCCACCCGGGGAUCUGGUGGGACGUGGCCCUGGUCGCUGUGGCUGUGCUGGGCCUGGCCCUUCUGGCAGGCCUACUGUGUGCCUCCACAGAGCCCCUGCACUGAGCUAAAUCUGGUCAGCCCAAACCUCCAACAGCCAGAAAUAAACUGGCUGCUCAGCUGUUUUUUUUUUAAGCUCAGAGAUUUAUCCCCUCCCUCAGCAUACGAGUCUGCCUA